AUGAACCCCUUGGACAAUGAAGAAUUCAGGAGGCAAGGCCAUAUGGUUAUAGACUUCCUUGCCGAUUAUUACAAAAACAUCAACAAUUACCCUGUCCGAAGCCAAGUCAAUCCCGGCUAUCUAGCAGAAAGGUUGCCUGAAUGCGCCCCAUUGCUCCCAGAAUCAAUUGAAAGUAUACUCAAAGAUGUCGAUAAGGAUAUUAUUCCAGGCUUAACACAUUGGCAAAGUCCAAACUUUUAUGCCUACUUUGCAUCCAGCACAAGCACCGCAAGCUUUCUUGGUGAAAUGCUUAUCAAUGGGUUCAAUGUUGUAGGGUUUAAUUGGUUAUCUUCUCCUGCUGCCACUGAGCUAGAGAUCGUGGUCAUGGAGUGGUUGUCAAAACUACUUCGACUUCCCCAGUCCUUCUCAUUCUCCGGCAAUGGUGGAGGUGUUUUGCUUGGCACUACGUGUGAGGCCAUCAUUUGCACCAUGCUUGCUGCAAGAGAGAAGAUGCUUGAUCAAAUCGGAAGGGAAAACACAGAGAAGCUUGUUGUAUACUGUUCCGACCAAACCCAUGUUUGUCUCGAAAAGGCAGCCAAAAUUGUUGGGAUAAAUCCGGAGAAUGUUCGAAAAGUCUUGACAACCAAGUCGACAAACUAUAAACUCUCCCCACAACGACUUGAAGAGUCGAUUAAAAGAGACGUUGAAGCUGGUUUAAUUCCGUUGUAUUUAUGUGCUACUGUUGGAACAACGUCAACCACAACUGUUGAUCCAUUGGGACCCUUGUGUGAGUUGUCAAGCAAAUAUAAUAUGUGGGUUCACGUGGAUGCUGCAUAUGCCGGAAGUGCUUGUAUCUGCCCUGAGUUUCGUCAUUUCCUUGAUGGUGUAGAGGGUGCGAGUUCCUUCAGUUUUAAUGCACACAAAUGGCUCCUGACUAAUCUUGCUUGUUGCUGUCUUUGGGUGAAAGACAAUUCCGCCCUCACCAAACCUCUCUCCACGAAUUCAGAGUACUUGAAAAACAAAGCGACUGAAUCAGGACAAGUUGUGGACUUCAAAGACUGGCAGAUAACACUAACAAGACGAUUCCAAGCCUUGAAGUUAUGGAUGGUCCUAAGGAGCUAUGGGGUGACUGGUUUGAGACAAUUCUUAAGAAACCAUGUGAAAAUGGCGAAGGAUUUCGAAAUGAUGGUGACCAUGGACAGUAGGUUUGAGAUUGUGGUACCUAGAUACUUUUCUAUGGUUUGUUUCAGGGUUUCUCCCCAUGUUAUAAAUCCGCACCAUGGCAACGAUCAUGAAGCAAAUGAAUUCAACAGAAAGUUAUUGGAAUCAGUAAAUGCAACAGGGAUUAUUUACAUGACGCAUUCAAUGGUUGAAGGAGUUUUUAUUAUCAGGUUUUCUGUGGGUGCAACUCUGACUGAAGAUAGGCAUAUAAAGAUGGCUUGGGAGUUGGUGCAGGAUCAAGCAACUUCCCUGUUGGGUACACUAACACCAAAGGCGGAUUCUAAUGAGAAAAAUGCGGCCACACAGUCUCCAGAAACCCUUCUGCGAUGCGAUUUACCUGCCACUCACCAGUAUUUUGCUUCCCUUCGUCAUACCUCUGCUGGUUUCAUAGAUUUUAGCCACAUAUUUGAGUUUGUUGAGUUUCAAUUUGUGGAAAUCCAGCCAUUCGACGACCCUACCACUCAUCUCCGGCCACUACUAAAGGCCACCAGUGCGAUUUUCCAGUGA